UCAGUUGGCGGGUUUACACCUUUUCGUGUCUCAGUGAUGAUUAGCGGUUUCAAUCCCAUUGCGUGCAACGGAUAAGUCGAAUGGGUAUCUAAUUAUCUUCUGCUAUUGAAUAUCCGGUCGUGAGUGAUUGAUCUGCUGAAAACUCCAUCAAUUGAAGAGUGUAAGAUGAUUAUGCAUAAUUAACGGAAGCCGAUCGUGCUAAAGGUGCAAGUGCAGACAGAAUAUGUGAUUGUUCGCGUGCAUUGGCCCAGAGCUAACUAUAAAGAACGUAGUGUUUAUUAUGGAAACAAUGAUGACUCGAUUUUAUUGAACGUGUGCGGCUUUCACAAAAACCCGGCAUUGUCACUAGACUGUGGGCGCCUAGCUUAGAAUGGGAGAAAAAGGGAUGGCAGAGCGUGCGAUGCCUGCUAAAAUCAGAGAAUGUAGAAUGCAUGCUGCAUACAGAUAGCGGCACAUAAAUGCCUGGAAACCGUAAACCGAACAAGCAUUAAAAGAAACUGCACCGCAAUGCGGAUGUAACAAUUACUAACAGUUGCCUCCAGGAUCUUGUUUAACUGUCAAAGUUUAUCUGGGCGGGCAAACUGGUCAUACGGGUUUUUAAUGUCAAGUCGGCUGUCUCUUUCUCUAUAGAGACAAUAGGACUUCAUACUAUUUAUUGAUUUAUUUUAUCGUAAUGACUACCUUAUGAUCAAUUAUUAUUUGGAAUAAAAUUGUAACAGUAGAACACCCUGGAUUCGAUCGUGAUAUUUAUAUACUUUGCGAUUAUCGCUAUCAUCUAUUCGUAACAUCGAUGAUUGCAGGGUACCACUUAUUAGCAACCGGCAUAACUUACGCUAGCGAAGCAUCGAACGGGAAAUUAGCGUACUACCAACCAAUGAAGGCAUCUCGCUUCAAAAUAUUGUUGAUAGAUUAUGAUCAAUGCAUAGACUGUAAACAAAACAAGCCAAGCAAAUAUUAUCUUGGAAUUCCAAUCGGUUUGCAUGUUUCUCGGUUCUAAAUAUACGAAAAUAGAGCGCACUACUCAUAGACAGGAAAGAAUUUAAAGGGCUAUAAUUAAAUCAUCAAGAAAUCAUGCCGCAUUGUCUAACGACUGAAACAACGGAAGCAUUAGUUCAGAAAAAUAAGUGUCAGAAAACUUGCGCUAGACAUGCACCCUUGGAGAAUGCUAGUCGGCGACAACCCCGGCGAAGAUGUUGCUGUAUUCGAUCGUCGACAAAUCGGGCGCUCCUGGAUCUGCCGCGGUAUCGUGUUUCUGCUAAAGUAACGCCACGACUAAGCAGUAAUGUUUUUCUUUUAAUCACGGCUGCGGCAGCGACCGUUAUAACUGCUUUUGCAACAGAACGAAAGCUACAAACUACCGGUCGGGUGAUUUUCAAAUUUUUUCGUAACGAAGCCAUUCAAAAUGGAGUACACAUGUCCCCAGCAGUAGAUCUCCGAUGCACCCACCAGGAUGAGUUUUUAUACGCAAGUCCCACCAGCAGGUGUUCAUCGUACUACCGAUGCUUUCAGCGGCAGGCCAUUCGGUACAAAUGCAACGAUAAAUCAGUCUUCGAUUUUUACCAGCAAAAAUGCACCCGCAAUCAAAUAACCUGCUACGAACCCAUUUGCACGGGAAAAUCGGACGGUCAGUAUGCGGAUACAACGCAGGCCUGCAGGAGGUCGUACCGCUGCAAAGGCGGUCAGCUCAUUGCAAUUGACAACUGUCCACAGGGUUCUCUUUUCGAUGGUAACCAAUGUUCGCCGCAAAACAAGGUAAACUGCGAAAGUGCUACCGUAUCAGCUGUAGCAAUACCCUUCGGUGGAGAUCAGCGAUGCUACGGACUGCAAGACGGGAAUCACGUGAUCGAAGACGAACAGUGCAAGAAAUAUAUGAUUUGUGAGGAUAGCAACGUGGUUGAUGUGCUGGAGUGUCCUUUCGGUUAUUCGUUCAACGAGAUGACACGAAUGUGUACGUUUUCUGAGGGCGUGGCAACGUCCGGUUGCAUGAGCAACUCCAUGGACACAGAGGAGGAUAUUUGUUCUUGGCUUCCGAACGGUCUUCACUUGGAGCCGACCUCUAAAACAUGCAAGAGCUACAUCAAAUGCCUAGAUGGUAGGACUGGGUCUAAGCAUGACUGUCCUAAAUCUACUGUUUUCAAUGGAAUCCAAUGCGUACCAGAUUUCCUCUACCAUUGUCCUAGGUUAGCGCUGCCGGGUGAUAUCUGUGACAAGAAGGUAAACGGUUACCAUAUUGACCCCAGGAAGGGUUGCUCGUAUUUUGUUCGCUGUGAAAAUCAAAAAACAGUUGAGAAUCAUUCCUGUCCAUCGGGAUUUCAGUACGAUCCAGUGAAAAAUGUCUGUGUAGAACCCCUUCGCGGGGAAGCUUGCCACGAGUCGGGAUAUUCUGGUGACUGUGUUCAGCGUUCAGCAGGAUUCUAUCAAGAAUUUUCGGAGAGCUCCAAAUGUGCCCAGUACUUCUACUGCUUCAAUGGUAAUAAAACUACACUUCGGUGCCCAAAUGGUCUUGUAUUUGAUGGUGAAAAUUGUGUAAGUUCUUCCAAAUACGUAUGUCCCAGUAUGAGCUCCAGUUCGUGUGUGAACAAACCAAACGGCUACUAUCGGGAUCCAACAAGCGGAUGUCGGUCGUAUUUCUACUGUUCGGAGGGCAGCAAAACAUCAUAUCUGUGCAGUCCGGGACAAAUAUUCAGCAAAGAUCAUUGCGUAGAUCGUCUGGAGGAUUCCUUUUGUACGGAAGAUUUGGUUUGCAAUGGCAAAUCCGAUGGAUAUUACCAUGAUCUGCAGUCGUACUGUCGUAACUAUUACUACUGUCAGAAGGGUGAGAAGCUGCAAACGCUAACAUGCCGUGGAAGCAAAAUAUUCAAUGGGAAUAGCUGUGUAUCACCGGAAAGUUACACUUGUCCACACGGAGAGGCUGCCGCGGAUCCUUUAGUGAAUUGCAUAGCACGUUCCUGCGAGCCGAUCUGCAAGAAAAAUGGCUUUCAGACGGACUACGAUAGUAAUUGUGAAAACUAUUACUUCUGCAUCGAUGGCAAAAAAUCCGUUCUAUCCUGUUCGAAUAAUUACGUCUUUAACGGGGAAAUAUGCGUGCCUCGUGGCGCAUAUCGCUGUCCAAAGUACUGCGAUGGUACGGUUUCCUGCAGUGGAAGGUAACCAAUUACCUUGAUCCGUCUGUUGGGUAGUGCCCCUACCUGGAUAAGCCAUUAGAAAAGCAUGCGUUUCGGUGGGCGUCCCCAGACUAGCUUAAGUUUUAUUUAUUUAUACUACACUGCAUUUAUUUGUGACUUGACGAAUGGGCGCCGAAAGAGAACUUGAAAAUGACGACAAUUGCCGUAGGAUUUUCCUAGUUCGUAAUUCCGACUCCAACGUCAACAGAAUAAGCGACUGACUGAGUGCGAUUGAUGUACUGCGUUAACUGAUGCUAUUUAUUUCCAUUCGGAUGUGUAUCUCUGUACGAACCAUGAAGCAUUCAAAAUACUCAUCAUUUUAGCAUAUAGCUUGAUAAGAUAGAUAAAUAGUUAAUAAGACACGGAAUAUAUUGCUUGAGCAAAAUUUAAGUAACUCCAUUUUAGUCAAAUAGUUAUAAUUUUUUACCCCACUUUAAAUGUUGGAAUAAAUUUAUGACA